CGCUGUUUGACAAGCUGCCACAACAGCUGAUCGGACAAAUAAGCAUUCCUUGCAAUUUUAUCGCAUUUUAUACGAUUGGGUUAUAUUUGUUAAAAAAAAUAAUUUAUGUUUAAAAAAUUCGUUUAAAUACAAAAAUGACGCUCAUUGAUAGGCCACUGAUUACAGUGGAUAUCGAUUUUCCUGAGGAAGAUGUGCCCUACGAGGAGGAGAUACUGCGUAAUGCAUACUCUGUGAAACAUUGGCUGCGCUACAUUGAACACAAGUCCAAGGCGCCCAAUUGUGGCGUGAACAUUGUUUAUGAGCGUGCACUCAAGGAGCUGCCCGGCAGCUACAAAAUUUGGUAUAACUACUUACGGACACGCCGCAAGCAGGUGCGUGGACGCCCACUCAACGAUCCCAUGUAUGAUGAAGUGAAUAAUACUUUCGAAAGAGCGCUGGUGUUUAUGCACAAAAUGCCACGUAUUUGGAUGGAUUAUGGUGUAUUUAUGACGGGACAAUGUCGCAUUACGCGCACGAGGCACGUGUUUGAUCGCGCCCUACGCGCGCUGCCCAUUACGCAGCAUCAUCGCAUUUGGCCGCUCUACUUGAAAUUUGUGCGACGUUUCGAUAUACCCGAAACAGCAUUACGCAUAUAUCGACGUUAUUUGAAACUGUUUCCGGAAGAUGCGGAGGAGUAUAUAGAGUAUUUAAUUGAUGUGGGACGUUUAGAUGAAGCGGCCCAACAAUUGGCUUCAGUGGUGGAUAAUGAGCAUUUCGUAUCGAAGCAUGGUAAAUCCAAUCAUCAGUUGUGGAAUGAGUUGUGCGAUUUGAUUUCGAAAAAUCCGGACAAGGUGCAUUCGUUGAAUGUGGACGCUAUUAUACGCAGUGGACUCAGGCGCUACACUGAUCAACUCGGUCAUCUCUGGAACUCUUUGGCUGAUUACUAUGUGCGCUCGGGUCUCUUCGAUCGCGCACGCGAUAUUUACGAAGAAGCAAUACAAACAGUGACCACUGUGCGUGAUUUCACGCAAGUCUUCGACGAGUAUGCACAAUUCGAGGAGGUGUCUUUGAAUAAACGCAUGGAAAUGGUGGCUAACGAUCCACAUGCCACCGAAGAUGAUGAUAUUGACGUCGAAUUGCGCCUGGCACGUUUCGAAUAUCUUAUGGAGCGCCGUUUGCUGCUUUUGAACAGCGUGCUAUUGCGUCAAAAUCCACAUAAUGUACAUGAGUGGCACAAGCGCGUAAAGUUGUACGAAGGCAAGCCACAUGAAAUUAUCAAUACAUAUACCGAAGCCGUGCAGACGGUGCAGCCGAAGUUGGCCGCAGGCAAACUGCACACAUUAUGGGUGGAAUUCGCUAAAUUCUACGAAUCCAAUAGUCAAGUUGAGGAUGCGCGUGUCGUCUUCGAGCGUGGCACUGAGGUGGAGUAUGUAAAAGUGGAAGAUCUGGCGGCUGUAUGGUGCGAGUGGGCGGAAAUGGAGAUUAGACAGGAAAACUUCGAGGGCGCUCUACGUCUGAUGCAGAAAGCCACUGCAAUGCCGAAACGCAAAGUGGCCUAUCACGAUGAUACCGAGACCGUGCAAAUGCGUUUAUAUCGCUCAUUGAAAGUGUGGUCUAUGUAUGCCGAUUUGGAGGAGUCUUUUGGCACUUUCAAGACAUGCAAAGCUGUCUACGAUCGCAUAAUCGAUUUGAAAAUCUGCACUCCACAGAUUAUCAUCAACUAUGGACUCUUUCUGGAGGAGCACAACUACUUUGAGGAAGCUUUUCGUGCCUACGAGAAGGGCAUUGCGCUCUUCAAGUGGCCCAAUGUAUACGAUAUAUGGAAUGCUUAUUUGACAAAGUUUCUCAAGCGUUAUGGCGGCACCAAGUUGGAGCGUGCGCGCGAUCUUUUCGAGCAGUGUUUGGAGAAUUGUCCGCCGGAGCAUGCCAAGUAUUUCUAUCUGUUGUAUGCGAAGUUGGAGGAGGAGCAUGGUUUGGCGCGUCAUGCCAUGGCCGUCUAUGAUCGCGCCACUAGCGCAGUGAAACCGGAAGAAAUGUUCGACAUGUACAAUAUAUUCAUAAAGAAAGCAGCGGAGAUUUAUGGGUUGCCGCGCACGCGUGAAAUCUACGAGAAGGCCAUCGAGGCAUUGCCCGAGGAGAAUAUGCGUCCGAUGUGUGUGCGCUUUGCCGAAAUGGAAACGAAGCUGGGCGAGAUUGAUCGUGCGCGCGCCAUUUAUGCACAUUGCUCACAGGUUUGUGAUCCACGCAUAACCGCCGACUUCUGGCAAACGUGGAAGGAGUUUGAGGUACGUCACGGCAAUGAGGACACCAUGCGCGAAAUGUUGCGCAUCAAGCGCUCGGUGCAGGCCACCUACAACACGCAGGUGAACAUGAUGGCCGCACAGUUUCUCAAUCAGCCAGCGGCUGGUGGCACCAAUGCCGAGGGCGGCGCCGAUGCUAUGCGUCUGCUUGAGGCCAAGGUCGCGGCAGAGCAACAGGCACGCCAACAACAAACUCUCAAACCACAGACCAGCAGCAAUAUUAUGUUUGUGCGCGGCGAGACACAAGGCGGCAACGCCAAGGAUAAAGUGGUUAAUCCGGAUGAAAUCGAUAUUGGCGAUAGCGAUGAAGAUGAAGACGAGGAGGAAGAUGAUGCUGAUGAGGCGGCUGAGGGUGACGCCAAUGGCGCACAAAAGCGCGGUGGGAAUGAGGAGAAUGUCAUUUCGGCCAAGCGUUUGCGCAUCGAACAGCAAGCCAUACCGGCGAAGGUGUUUGGCAGUCUGAAGAAACCCACAGAUGAUGAGGAUAAUGAGCAGGACGCCGAUUGAGUGGGCGGACAAUUCAAUUUAUUAUUGUAAUAAAUAUAAUAAAAUUUAAUUGCG